AUUUUGAUGAGCGCCACCAGUCGUGGAACUCUGCAGCACACACACACACACGGUGUGCAGCAAACGAUUUGCGGAAGUGAGGUACCCCAUUCUGCAGCAGGUGACUGAGCAGCACAAUGAGACGUCAGUAGUCCCCCUCCGUAGCAUGGCCACGUCACGUUCCUCACGCGUCACAAGGUCAUCAGUCGGACUCAAUGGAUUGGACGAGAACUUCUGUGGCCGAACCCUCAGGAACCGCAGUAUCGCCCAGCCGGAGGAGGGUCAGGGGUCACCGCUCCCCGGCAGCAGGGCCCCCCGCUCCCCCAAGAAGAGGCAGGACCCCCAGGCUGGGAGCUCAGAGAAGCCUGGGGGUCACCAGGGAAAGGUAGCCCACCACAAGGCCUCCUCAGUGGACAGGGAGACAUGGCCGAGCCCCAGGAAGAGGGGACUGUCCUGCUCAGAGAGAGAGAGUGAUGGGUGUGGGGGUUUGGACAAUGCUGAGAACUGUGAGGGGAUGGGGAAGGAGACGUCGGGGGCUGGUGGAAGAGACGCUUCUCUGCUCCUCAAAAGGGCCAAACGGUGUUCCCGUUACGGGGAGUCGCAGGGAUCCGAGGACGACCCCUCUUCUGCACCCGCCAAACCUGACAUCCCCCCAUCCUCCUGCACCCCCCCAGCGACUGUCAAGGAGAACAGUGAAGAGGGUGACCCGCUCAACCUAAUCUGCACCGCACCCUCUUCCUCUUCUCCACAGAACCUCAACAAAGAGGAAGGUGAGGAGGAGGAGGAGGAGGAGGAGGACAGUGGCGGCCAUAUUGAGAGCGACGGCCAUGCUCAGCAGCCCCCGAACUCCACUUCCCAUAAUCCCCCUGUUCCGCCCCAGAACUCUAACUCCCAUAAAUCCUCUACAGGGCUGGGACAGACCAGCAGUAGCCUUGAUGCUCAGACAAUCUCCCUGGGUUCCAGUGCUGCCGUCAACACCAGCUGCCCAGGUCCCAGUCCAGCACUGCUGAACGGCAGCCAGAUGGGCGCGCCAUGCCCCUCACCCCCAGACCCCAUAGUGCCUUGUAGAAACUGUGAUCCUGUGCAGGAGAAGGAGGAGGUUAGGGACUCUGGGGAGUAUUCUGCUCCUCCUCUGGCCUCCUUUGAAGAGGACUCCUCCACCCCACAUCUGUCAGUCAGGGAGGAGGAAGUGGAGUUGGAUGUAGUGGGGGACUCGGUGUGUCGGGAGGAGGAAGUGACAGCGACCGAGGAGGAGGAGGAGGAUGAGGAGGAGGAAGAGAGUACCAGCGGGAGAAGUAAUGGUUGGCCACUGGUGCAGGAUGCUGUUGCCACCAGUAUCAUCAACGUAAACAACAACAACAUCCCAAACAACAACAUCAACAACUCAGGAGAAUCCACCAUGCCUUUGCUAGCCCCCCAGACCCUUUCAGAGCCCCCCUGCACCCCUUCUGUCUCCGACACUUCGCCCCCGUCCUUCACCCAACCCCAUGAACACCAAUACACCCUGAGGACUUCGCCCCGGAGAGCUGGGGCCCCCUCGCCCCCCAAACCCUGCUCCCCUCCCAGAGACCCUCUCCGGGACAACGGCCCUCUGAGAGAGGGGGUCGAGGGAGCCUGUCGGAGGCUGGAUCUGGACGCUACUCUGGCUACUUCUACCCCUUCCUCAGGUCCCUCCAGCACCCAGGCCAGGGGAGGGUCUCUUCCGUCGGUUCCCAUGGAGCAGGGAGCCGGUGGGGACGACAGGGACAAGGUAGUAGGGGACGGUCGGGACUACGGGGAGCUCCGAGAAGGCGCCCGGGCAGCCAGUAAGGAGGUUCCGGUAGGAGGAAGCCAGCAGCAGGAGGAGGAGAAGCAGGUGGAGGACGAAGAGGAACCAGAUGUGUAUUACUUUGAGUCGGACCACCUGGUGCUCAAACACAACAAAGAUUACCAGAGGUUACUCCAGACUGUAGGUGUGUUGGAGGCCCAGAGAACUCAGAGUAUACUGGACUUGGAGCGUCUGGUCAUACAGCAGAGAGAGGCUCUCCGAGACCCCGUCAGCUUUGUGGAGCAGCUGCAGAAACAGGUGGAACUGGGCAUGCCACGGCCCCAGAGAGUGGUUCAGCUGCCAGACAUCUCAUGGGACCAGUACACGUCAGGGCUGGGAGACUUCCAGAGGGAGUUCUGUGACAAGAAACGCAAAACGAGGAGGCUCAAACUCAUAUUCGAUAAGGUCAGGUUACCAGACCGACCAAUCAGCCCCUUGGAUCCCAAGGACAAGGAGGGUGAAUCGUCGACCCUGUACUCUGCUCUGCCCUCUAGUGAUGCUCUGGAGAACAGCAGCAACUCACAGAUGAUCCGAGGGCGGCUGUGUCACCAGAGUAAACCUGACACCUUUAACCAGCUGUGGACCGUGGAAGAACAGAAAAAGCUGGAGCUUCUUCUACUGCAGUUUCCUCCUGAGGAGGUGGAGUCUAAACGCUGGCAGAAGAUAGCUGACGCCCUGGGCAACAGGACCGCUAAACAGGUGGCCAGCCGCGUACAGAAGUACUUCAUCAAACUGACUAAAGCAGGAAUCCCUGUUCCUGGGAGGACUCCCAACAUGUGCAUGUACAGCAAGAAGGUGUCCAAUAAGAGGCAGCACCACCUGAACAAGCACCUGUACCGACCGUCUACCUUCCUGACGUCAUAUGAGCCUCCUGUCUAUAUGGAUGAAGAGGAUGAGAGAGCGGCCUACUAUAGCGCCCUGCAGGACCCCGAUGGAGACGACACGGAUGAGGAGGGUGUACCUGUGGAGUUGAGACACCUGCCGGAGUACAAGGAGCUUCUGGAGCUGAAGAGGAUGAAGAAACACAAACUGCAGGAGAUCCAGGCUGAGAGUAGCAUGGCCCUGCACCAUGGAUACAAGUGUGACGUGUGUGGUGUAGAGCCUAUCCAGGGGUUGCGUUGGCAUUGUCAGGACUGUCCCUCAGACAACGCCGUGGACUUCUGUUCCAACUGCUCCGACUGCCUGUACAAGACUGAGAGCCACAUGCCAGACCACCAUCUGGAGCCUGUCCAUCAUCAUGAGACCUUCCUAGACAGGGACUACUGUCUGGCUCAGACCCCUGGAUAUAACUACCUGGACCCCAACUACUACCCUGCUAACAGAUGAUGGGGGGCCACAGACUGGCCCCUAAACUCCAGCCUAUGCCUCAGCCCAGGGGCCACAGUUUUAGUUACACCGAAGGGUCCCUAGCAUCCAGGUCCCAGGGACCACAGUUUCAGCCCAGGGGCCACAGUCACCCAGCCUCAGCCCACACAGCUAGCCUCAGUCAGCUAGCCUACGACAGCUAGCCUCCAGAUCCCAGGGACCACAGUCACCCAGCCUCAGCCCACACAGCUAGCCUACUACGACAGCUAGCCUACUACGACUGCUAGCCUCCAGAUCCCAGGGGCCACAGUCACCCAGCCUCAGCCCACACGGCUAGCCUCAGUCAGCUAGCCUACGACAGCUAGCCUCCAGAUCCCAGGGGUCACAGUUUCAGCUACACCCCAGCGGCCCUUAGCCCCAGACUCAACCUACAGCAGCAACAAACUGGUAGUGUGUGGCUCAUGGCGCUGUCUCUCAGACCCGAAUCUUGACGGUUCUCACACCAGCUACUCUGCUCACCCCGCCCUGCUAGCCCAGCAGACUGGCAGGAAUCCCAUUCUGACGGUGGUUGUGGUGGUGGGGGGAGGUGAAACUGGCUGCACCGCAGACUCCAUUUUGGCUCAAAGAAGAGGUCUGGGACACGCUCACUUCUCUGACCGGUUACCACGACGACCAACAAACUGAAUAAGUCUCUGAAAAAUAUACUAAAAAAUAACACUAUAAAAAAAUAAACAAUAUGAAAAAUGCACACCGACAUUCCUGACCGCCAAGAAAGACUCAAGGAGGGCCAUCCUCUUCCCCCUCUUCCUCAUACCUCUGUGUGCUGCUUGUUAACCUGGGGUGUAGAAGUGCUGGGGUGUGUUGAUGGUAGUGUGGUGGUCUGGUUGAUGAGUGAAUAUGUUCCUAGAUAGAUAGAUAUCUGUCAUUGAGUAUUUCUGGUGAAUCAAGCCUCUUCUGUUGUGAACUGGGGGCGGGGUUGAGAAAGGAGCUUGAUGCCGAUGAGAGGCGUGUCUUUCAUUCCUACUAGGUUUUAAACCAAUCAGAAGACAGGCGUUUUCUGAUGUAACCCACACGGCGGGUGUUGUCAUGGUAAUGGACCCUGACACACCUCCACCUUCACGUUUCCAUGGAGAUCAUGUCAGCCAGCAGCUAGUCACCUCUCUCUCUCUCCUUCUCUCCUCUUCCCCCUCACCUCUCUUCUCUUCCCCCUCUCUCUCUCCUCUCUUCUCUUCCCCCUCACCUCUCUCUCCU